CGGGACCAGGACAGACAGCUGAGGGGGGUCUGAAUGUCCAACCGGGACGGUCGGUGGACUACCACGAAGUCACACGCACGAUUCACAGGUCGUCACAGUUGACUGAUGAGCAGCCAGUAGGACUCGGGUUAGUCUACACCGACUGGCAAAGUGUUUCUGGAAGUUUAGAGGGUCAGCAGUGCCAGACAAGAGGAUUGGAGGACAGAAGACGUAGUUGCAGAACUACUGGUGGUUGACUUGUGGUUAGCCUUAGCGUGCUUGUGGCAGCAGUGAGGAAGAAGGAGGGCUUGGCGAUGGUCACGGAGGAUGCCUUUCCCAAUGGGGUACGGGAGGAGGAGGAGCAGGAGGUGAUGCCCCCGGGAGAGCCUGGCGUGGAAGGUGCCCCGGCCGUUCGGUCCACCCAGGGAGCAGAUACGUCUGGAGCCAUGCAGCAGGUGUUGGAUAACCUGGGUGAGCCGCCCACCUCCACUGGAGCCAAAGACAUCGACCUGCUCUUCCUGCGCGGCAUCAUGGAAAGUCCCAUUGCUCAUGAACAGCUGGAAGAGGUAAAGCUGGAGGCGGUGCAGGACAACAACGUGGAGCUGGUAACGGAGAUCCUGGGUGACAUCAGCGGCCUCAAGGUUAAAGAUGACAGCGCAGCCGAAUUGUCCAAGAUCCUACAAGAGCCCCACUUCCAAUCACUUUUGGAGGCACACGACAUAGUGGCCUCUAAGUGCUACGAAGUCCCGCCCCCGACCGAGACGGCCAAUGAUGCAGCAGUGAACAGUGCUCUGAUGCAGGCUGAUGCUGUUCGCAUGAUUGGCAUCCGAAAGAAGGCCGGAGAGCCUCUGGGCGUGACAUUUCGUGUGGAGAAGGACGACCUGGUCAUUGCAAGGAUCCUUCACGGCGGCAUGAUUGACAGGCAGGGACUGCUUCACGUGGGUGACAUCAUUAAGGAAGUGAAUGGCAAGGACGUCGGCAACAACCCCACCGAGCUGCAGGAGAUGCUCAAGGACUGCAGCGGAGGGAUCACUCUCAAAAUACUCCCCAGCUACCGAGAUGCUCCUGCACCUCCGCAGGUGUAUGUGCGGCCGUACUUUGACUACGACCCUGCCAAUGACAACCUGAUCCCUUGUCGAGAGGCGGGCAUGGCCUUCAAAAAAGGUGACAUCCUUCAGAUUGUUAACAGAGAGGAUCCCAACUGGUGGCAGGCAUGCCAUGUGGUGGCUGGGGCCACAGGACUGAUACCCAGUCAGUUCUUGGAGGAGAAGAGGAAAGCUUUUGUCCCCCGAGACUUUGAUGGAUCAGGGAUCCUUUGUGGAACCAUAGCUGGAAAAAAGAAAAAGAAGAUGAUGUAUCUAACAGCCAAGAAUGCAGAGUUCGACAGACAUGAGCUGCAGAUCUAUGAGGAAGUGGCGAAGGUGCCUGCAUUCCAGAGAAAGACACUGGUUCUGAUUGGUGCCCAGGGUGUGGGCAGACGUAGCCUGAAGAACCGACUGAUGGUCCUCCAACCUACCCGCUUCGGCACCACUAUACCAUACACUUCACGGCGGCCCCGUGACGAAGAGCUGGAUGGCAACUCUUACCACUUUACCACGAGGACAGAGAUGGAGGUGGACGUGAAGGCUGGCCGCUUCCUGGAGCACGGCGAGUAUGACGGCAACCUCUACGGCACAAAGAUCGAAUCCAUCCAUGAGGUUGUGGCCACAGGUCGCACCUGCAUCCUCGAUGUCAACCCACAGGCUCUGAAGGUAUUGAAAACAGCAGAGUUCAUGCCUUAUGUGGUGUUUAUCGCAGCACCAGAUUUUGAUACACUCAAGGCCAUGCACAAAGCUGUGGUGGACGCAGGCAUCACCACUAAACAGCUCACGGAUGUGGACCUGAGGAAGACGGUGGAUGAGAGCGCCCGCAUCCAGAGGGCUUACAGCCACUACUUCGACCUCACCAUCGUCAAUGACAACCUAGAUAAGGCCUUCGAGACGUUACAGGCCGCCGUGGACAAACUGUGCAGUGAAUCCCAGUGGGUCCCGGUGAACUGGGUGUACUGAGGACCAGCAGCAGUGCUCCACUGACCACUCUGAGCGGGUCACACUGACCCAUCAGCAUGUGUGUGUGUGUGUGUUUUUGACCACGAAGGCCAAAGAAGAAGAGAAGAAGGAAGGGAUGCUUCUGCAAAAUAACAAAAUGUUCUGAAAAAAAAACUUCUCUUAGGCCUGCACGCCAUGCAACUUUUUUUCUACUCAAACUCAAAGGGAAAGAGUGCUUAUUUAUUUUAUAACUUUUUAUGAAAGAUCUUUCUAUUCAAUGUGAGAAUUAAACAAAAAAAUCUGGUCAUGGGCCAUAUUUUUGCAUUAAUUUAUUGUUGUAGUCACAUUUUUUUAGUUGUGUCCCAAGUGUUUUUGUCAGUUUUUCCUUCAUGGACACCUAGGAUUUUGAUCCCCACCCGAGCUCCAAAAUGAAGAUAAGGAGCAGUGAUGGAUUCAUCAAGAUUCCUGAGCAGUCCCUGUCCAAGAAACUUGUCAAAUCUCACACAUCAUUGCCAUGUCUGUGCAAACUGUGUAGUUGUAUUUUAUUUUCACCUCCGUACAAUUAAUCCUUUAGUGUUGUUAUGUAGCUCUAAACUCUCCUAUAAGUGUCACAGGAUCAGCUGGGCAGAAAUAAAGAGUUAAAAGGCCUGCUUGUGCACAACUCCUCCAGUAUGUAAAAGAAAAAAAGAGCGUUAUAAUGUACUUUUUCCAAGAUCAAAUACUGUCUGUGUCUUUUAAUUUUGUCUAGCUUUGUUUUCUUAUGCUAGUUUUUCACUGGUGUUGUGAUUUUUAGUGUAGUGUUUUGUCACACAUGAUCUUUUGCUUUGUUUUCAAUGAUCCUGCCUGGCUGUCUGGAGUAUGACCGUUAUUGCCCUCAUCUUUAUCGUCUAUAUGCCAAUUUGUUAAUGUUUUAUAUAUGUGAACGUGGCACAAACCCACUCCCUCCUUAUGGUCCUUGUCUCCAGUGUUGCAGUAUGCCAAAGCCCCAAUCAUACUCCAAAUAAAGUUUCAAAUCUACAAUUGUUACAUCUGAUCAACAUUUCAACUACAUGCUAUAAUAUGCAUUUCUAAUUUGACACAAUAUGACUGUGUGGCAGAUACAUUUAGCAAAGUUAAGGGUCAAAACUUUCACACACACACACACACACACACACACACACAAAAACACGUCUUUUAGACUAGUGUAUGUCUUAAAAUACUUGUAAAUCUGUCUUAAAACAAGUCAAAAUAUUUCAAAAGGUCACUUGUUCCCAUUUCAAAUGAUUUAGCUCUAAAGCCCGUGUUGAAUCUGGAGUCAUUGUCUUGGAUUGUUAAAGGCUUCAGAAACAUGGACGAGCUUAGCGACAUUUGUGCCACUUUUGAAAAAGCAGCCCUACUGCCUGUUGAAUUGUUUUCACAUCAACCCGUGUCUACAGAUUUGUUUCUACAUUUUUA